AUGGUCACGCCUACGCAUCUCCUAACAACGUCGUUUCUGUACGCUACUGGGAAUACUCCUGCCGUCAACUUGACUGGUCCAGUACCUCCUGAUCAAAAUGUGGAUGCGUUGCUACUGGGGUGUGGGGACGUGCGAAAUGUCCUCUUCUCUGUCUAUAUGAGCAUGAGAAAGGAUCGCAAAUUUGACUUCACAUGCUGCGAUAUUCAAGCUGAGAUCUUAGCUCGAAACAUCAUCUUGUACACACUAAUUCUCGAUGAUUUCGAAGGCGAAAAUGCCGAGCGGAUAUGGAAUAUCUACUACCAUGUUCUUGUCGAUGAUGAUUCCUUGAGCCUUCUUCGAGAGCAGGCUUCAAAGCUAUUGAAGGUAGCAGCUACAGCUGACAGAUGGAACAACGGAAAAUAUGGAGCUACCCUUCGCUUCUGCGAUAGCUACACCUUCUCUCGUGUCUCGAAACUCUGGAAAUCCUACGCCUUGCAGCCGUCGCAUGGAGAUUCCUUUAAAGUGCAACAAGAGAGGCUCCACCUUCGUAUUACAAAAGCAAAAGAGGUCCAGAAGGACAUAGUGGGGAACAAUACUGUUACUACAGGUCUUCGAUCAGCAGCUCCUCGCACUGAUGCCGCUUUCCAAGACAUCAACGCUUCGUACGAAGCUUUUUGGGAGAGUGGUUUAUCCAAGCUCAACCAAGCGAGACCCAAAAAUCUCAACCCCAUGUUCGACAUAACCAACCCUCAAUGUAUCUUGCACUAUGGGACGGAUCCCGUUAUUGGCUACCAUCUUUCUACGACAUAUGUUGGGCUUUCAGGGGAGUCGCCGCUGAAGGCGAAUAAGGCCAACUCGAAACAAGUUGGUGCAUGUUUUAGCGUCGCUCUGGACCAAUUUCGUGCAUUUAGCAAGGCGUUCCGUGAAUCCGCAUCAUUACUGACAUUACGCUUCGUUACUACGGACGCUAUGGCUCUCUGUCACACUCUCCAGCACGUACAAAUUUACAAAAGCAACAGUGCUGGAUGCUAUCGUAGUUUCCAAACGUGGGAGCCCUUGAUACUGGACACUGUCGACCACUCCCUGCAGAGGGCAGGCGCUGCCGCUCCAUUGUCAUUCGACAUUAUUGACACAUCCAACCUGGCAGACCAUUUCGGAUAUCUGAAUCUGCUUACCGCUGCCGGUCCUCUCUUGAAACCAAAGCCGACAUCCACACUAUCAACUGAAGUUUUGGUGCAACGCGAGACGGACAUGGAGCAACAUAAAAAGAAUCUCUUGUAUGGAGAUAUCCCAACAGUCGCGCUUUUGCUUGGCCUUGAUCCGGUGGAGAUCUGGACGGGCACAACUGCUACUUCUAGGUUCGACGAAAGGUUUACGCUGGAUAUGGCCGAUGGAUCCGAACCCGACACCCCCACAACACAGUCACGAUUUGUCCUUCACUGGAAAAGCGCAGCAAUCCAGGACAAUCCAACUGGGCAGCCGUCUCUCACAUUUGAAUCUAAGGAGCUUGCUGGGCUUUUGCUUCAAGUUUACAAAGGAAUGUUUUGUGAUGAGGACCCGACAAGCUGGCUGAGUGGUAUCGUGGACAAGCUACAGCGAAAGACAUACGGGUACCACACGAGAUCAAGCUUUGUCGCGAUUCUUAGUCUCGUGCGCCGACGGAGUAUGGUUGAUUGGGAUGUUUUUAUGCGCAAACUCUACUAUUUGAUAAUGAAUGAUACCUCCAUGAAAGCUGGUGCGAGCUAUGCAGCAGAGAUGAUAGCUCACUUGGAUGUUUUGAGGUUGCGUCCUAUGAUUGAUACUGAACUUCCUUCGCGAGCAGCAGUCAGUCAUCCUCAAUGUCCGUUACGCCACUGGGAAGAUCUACCUUCGUCGUUGUGUGUUACGAUGGUUGUUCCACGUGAGAACCUGCGGUUGUUCAAGAAGGCUUCAAUCAAGAGCGGAAGUCCUAUUGUACAAAUGGUCCUUCGGGCCAUGGACAUUCAGGCUCAGAGCUUCUAUUUGAGUAUACAAGCCGGCUUUGGACACUUGAAAGCGUUAGGGGCCAAAUACUCCGAGGAUCUCGCUUUAGAGAUUGAGGAAGAUGAGAGCAACUGGGAUGGUACUGCACCCAUGAUUGUGUCUGCCGUUGUCCCAGCAUCCGUGGUUCUUCAAAAGAUUGACCUGUCAACUGAGGUUAUGUUCACUCUUAACCAAAGCCCUCAUUCAUUUGCCAUGUUUAGUGACAAGCUUGGUCUAGAACUCGCCAUAAGCAAGUCAACCCUUGCCAGUAAAGAUGUUUACAUCACCAAGAAUCGCCCCAAUAUGUCUACGCAAAUGUCUUUUUCAGGCACCUGCGCCAGUCCGUCCAUACAGAAUGCUAAGCCAUUCUCAACACCGCCUGACUCUGGCAAGGAAAUCACUUCAAUCCGGUUCCAGGCACAACUCACACCUGAUCAAUCAAAGCUGGCAAAUAUUUUGGCGCAUGUCGAUGUCUUCCCAGGGCAGUUGCAGGAUGUGUUACGGUCUGGAGCCGGCGUUCAAACCUCGCAGGUCUCCUCAUAUGAGAUUUCAGUUUCCUUCGAUACAGGUGUGCUAGUCAAGAAAGUCCGAUUCCCAAUGCCAAUUACCAUUGUUGGUGGCAAGACUCGGGUUGCGCGAAAAUCGUCCUAUAUUGAGUUUAUCGCACCUGUGCCAGCUCAGAAGGAGCUUGCUGCCCGUCUGGACAGUUUGUACCCUAUGAUCCGGGAGAAAGGAUCGAUUGGACUUCGCACACCACACUAUGUCUCACUUGACGUAUUACCAAUUUUUAGUCGAACGAAUCCCGCCGGAAUGUCAUGGCUUAUUCCGCGUGUAUCGGACAUGUUUUCUUUCGGAGAACGCAAAACACGAGAGAUUCAGAUGGCAUCUGGGGCGAAUGCCGGUGAUGUCCGUGUGAAUUUCAAGGAUUCUCUCUUUUCAUUGUUUUCGCACUCCACAGGUAUCAACGGGGUACCACGUCAUGAUGUCCUGGCAUUGAAUAAUCCCCAGGAGGGUGGCGUUCACGUGUUGAUCUUCAUCUCUUCUCUCCGUCUGGAUAUGUCUUGUCAACAUAUUGUCCUAGAUACCGCAGUUCUUCCGCUUUCGAUGGAUAUCAUGCCGCAAAUGGUUUCCUUAAUCGACAAAUUGCAACAACGGGGCGUCAUGUCCAUUAUAGUUGACAAUGAUGAACUUUGCAUGUGGAAGCACGCCCUACCCGCCAUGGUCGAGAGAUGUCGCGACUGGAACCACAAGCCGUCAUGCGAAUACAGGAUCAGCGGUAAAAUCCCAGUCUCCGUCGAGUUCGGCCAGCAACUGCUUUGUUCCUGCGGCAGAGGCAAAUUUCCUUCAGGUUACAAGACAGCUUUUCCCGGAAUCUGGAACAAACUUUCAAAGUAUGCCGUGAGAGCCGCCAUCGCGCCUUCCUUUCCCGUUCCAUUCGUGGAGCGCUCGCUCGAGCUGAAGGAUUUAGAUAAGUUGGAUGAGUGGCGGAACGCAGGGUCAGUUGAUGGGGUUGCAAAGAAACUUGCGUCUCUGAAACUAAAGAAGGGCUCUUGUUUCAGGUGUGAUAGGCGGAAGGUCUCGCUCCUUCGAUGCAGUGGUUGUAAGGUUGCAGAGUAUUGUUCGAAGGAGUGUCAGAAGGAAGAUUGGAAGGACGGGAAACAUAAGAAUAUGUGUCCGCUAAUGGGGAAAAGUAGUUUCUGA